GUGGACUCCACUCAACUGAAUGUCCCACAGGUGGACUCCAAUCAACUGAAUGUCCCACAGGUGGACUCCAAUCAACUGAAUGUCCCACAGGUGGACUCCAAUCAACUGAAUGUCCCACAGGUGGACUCCAAUCAACUGAAUGUGCCACAGGUGGACUCCAAUCCACUGAACGUCCCACAGGUGGACUCCAAUCCACUGAAUUUCCCACAGGUGGACUUCAAUCAACUGAAUGUCCCACAAGUGGACUCCAAUCAACUGAACGUCCCACAGGUGGACUCCAAUCAACUGAACGUCCCACAGGUGGACUCCAAUCCACUGAACGUCCCACAGGUGGACUCCAAUCAACUGAAGUUCCCACAGGUGGACUCCAAUCCACUGAAUGUCCUACAGGUGGACUCCAAUCAACUGAAUGUCCCACAGGUGGACUCCAAUCAACUGAAUGUCCCACAGGUGGACUCCAAUCAACUGAAUGUCCCACAGGUGGACUCCAAUCAACUGGAUGUCCCACAGGUGGACUCCAAUCAACUGGAUGUCCCAGAGGUGGACUCCAAUCAACUGGAUGUCCCACAGGUGGACUCCAAUCCACUGAAUUUCCCACAGGUG